AUGACGCAGCGGCGUCAUCUCAGCUCAGCUUCUCAGUGACAGCCCGCGAUGCAUUGUGGGAGACCUCCCAGCCCCGUGUGUUUAUUCCUUCACCUUUAACACGAAAUGUGUGUUUAAACACAUCUUUGAGCUGAGAUGUCCGCUCAGACGCAGAACAUUAAGACGUUCACUGAUUCAUAACUCACUCCGCCACCCCGUGUGACGUGUAACCGAACUAUGGAAGCCGCGGAAGGCUUGGCCUCAGCCUCUGCCUCCACCCCCGGGGGGGAGGAGCCAAACGGGGCGGGGCACCUCAUGGACUUCCUUGACGAGCCGUUCCCUGACGUGGGGACAUAUGAGGACUUCCAUACCAUCGACUGGCUCCGGGAGAAGUCCCGCGACACUGACCGCCACCGCAAGAUCACCAGUAAGAGCAAAGAGUCGAUGUGGGAGUUGAUCAAGAGCCUUCUGGACGCCUGGUCCGGCUGGGUGGUGAUGCUGCUGAUUGGCCUGCUCUCAGGCACACUCGCGGGGGUGAUCGACCUUGCGGUGGACUGGAUGACGGACCUGAAGGAGGGCGUCUGCCUCUCGGCCUUCUGGUACAGCCACGAGCAGUGCUGCUGGACCUCCAACCAGACCACCUUCGACGACCGCGACAAGUGCCCUGAGUGGCAGAAGUGGGCGGAGCUCAUGACCGGGACCUCCGAGGGGGCGGGGGCCUACCUGCUGAACUACCUGCUGUACGUCCUGUGGGCGCUGCUCUUCUCCUUCCUGGCCGUUUCGCUGGUCCGAGUCUUCGCUCCGUACGCCUGUGGCUCGGGGAUCCCAGAGAUCAAGACCAUCCUGAGCGGGUUCAUCAUCCGGGGCUACCUGGGGAAGUGGACGCUGCUCAUCAAGACAGUGACGCUGGUGCUGGCCGUGUCCUCGGGACUCAGCCUGGGGAAGGAGGGGCCGCUCGUCCACGUGGCCUGUUGCUGUGGCAACCUGUUCUGCAGCCUCUUCUCCAAGUACAGCAAGAACGAGGGCAAGCGCCGCGAGGUGCUCUCUGCAGCGGCGGCGGCGGGGGUCUCCGUGGCCUUCGGGGCGCCCAUAGGGGGGGUUCUCUUCAGCCUAGAGGAGGUGAGCUACUACUUCCCCCUGAAGACGCUGUGGCGCUCCUUCUUCGCAGCGCUGGUCGCUGCCUUCACGCUGCGUUCCAUCAACCCGUUCGGGAACAGCCGUCUGGUGCUGUUCUACGUGGAGUAUCACACGCCCUGGUACAUGGCGGAGCUGGUGCCCUUCAUCCUGCUGGGCGUGUUCGGUGGCCUCUGGGGGGCGCUGUUCAUCAGGGCCAACAUCGCCUGGUGCCGGCGCCGCAAGACCACGCGCCUUGGCCGCUACCCGGUGCUGGAGGUGGUGGGCGUGGCCGGCGUCACCGCCCUGCUGGCCUUCCCCAACCCCUACACGCGGCGCAGCACCUCGGAGCUGAUCUCGGAGCUGUUCAACGACUGCGGCGCCCUGGAGAGCUCGCAGCUCUGCGACUACGUCAACAGCCCCAACAUGAGCCGGCCGCUGGACGACAUCCCGGACCGGCCGGCUGGCCCGGGGGUCUACACGGCGCUCUGGCAGCUGGCGCUGGCGCUGGUCUUCAAGGUGGUGGUCACCGUGUUCACCUUCGGCAUGAAGAUCCCGUCGGGGCUGUUCAUCCCCAGCAUGGCGGUGGGGGCCAUCGCGGGCCGCAUGGUGGGCAUCGCGGUGGAGCAGACGGCCUACCACCACCACGACUGGAUCAUCUUCAGGAACUGGUGCCGCCCCGGGGCCGACUGCGUCACGCCAGGGCUGUACGCCAUGGUGGGGGCCGCCGCCUGCCUGGGGGGCGUCACCCGUAUGACGGUCUCUCUGGUGGUCAUCAUGUUUGAGCUGACGGGGGGACUGGAGUACAUCGUCCCCCUCAUGGCGGCGGCCGUGACCUCCAAGUGGGUGGCGGACGCCUUUGGGAAGGAGGGAAUCUACGAGUCGCACAUCCAGCUCAACGGCUACCCCUACCUGGACGUCAGGGACGAGUUCAGCCACCGCACGCUGGCGGCGGACGUGAUGCGGCCGCGCCGCAGCGAGCCGCCGCUGGCCGUGCUGACGCAGGACGCCGACAGCGUGGAGGAGGUGGAGGCGCUCAUCAAGGGCACCGACUACAACGGCUUCCCCGUGGUGGUGUCCCGGGAGUCGGAGCGCCUCAUCGGCUUCGUAGGCCGCAGGGACCUCACGCUGGCCGUCAAGACGGCCCGUCAGAAGCAGGAGGGCGUGGUCAGCAGCUCGCUGGUGUUCUUCACGGAGGACCCGCCCCCGCUGCCGGACGACCCCCCUCCGCCCCUGAAGCUGCGCCGCAUCCUGAACCUCAGCCCCUUCACGGUCACCGACCACACGCCCAUGGAGACGGUAGUGGACAUCUUCAGGAAGCUGGGCCUCAGGCAGUGUCUGGUCACACGCAGCGGACGUCUCCUGGGGAUCAUCACCAAGAAGGACGUCCUCAGACACAUGGCCCAGAUGAUGGACCAGGACCCAGAGUCCAUCAUGUUCAACUAGUCCUGCUGAGAGCUGCACUGCACCCCUGUAGUGGACUACACUGUACAAGAACUCAUCUAUACAUACACCUCCCUGGGGUCUGUCUCCCGUGAGAACGUCUCACUGUCUUUCGAAGUCUGUCUUUAAUUUGCUCUGAUCUGAAAGCGUAUCAACGGCGGGGUCGGCCGGGGGACUUGCCGGUGGAUCGGUCCACUGUGGUCGGUUUGAAGGGGUGUUCCCCUGUCAAAAUGAGAUGCUCCGUUUGAUUCUGUUCGCCAUAUUCACGACCUCCCACUGCAGACAUUGUGCUGAUUUUUCCUCCAGUGCUCCGCAGCCCGCUCAUCGCCCCCCCCGCUACAGUCUGGGUUGUCUUGUGAGUGACAUGCACAUGAAGGGUGAGGCUACUUCAGGCCCCUGCUGAUAUUGAAAUGCAGCGAUAUAAUUGGCCGGUCUGGGACGGCUGUGGACCAAUGGACACAGCCCCCACCACGCUGGCUUCUGUCCUGAUGGUCGUUGGGCUUCCUGUUGACGUGUGUAUGUGAUUGGUCCUCCUGCUUCCUGGUUAUAGGUACUUUGGGUAAUGUAGUCCACCUCGAAGCCUUUAACUCUUAAGUGUUUGUUAAUUUAUUCGUGGCUCUUACUAAUGUUUGACUGAUAAACCUUCUGGUCGUAUUUAAAGUGUUUCAACUGAACCUAAACUACUUACCUGACCUCCCCUCAGUGGUUUAAGGGUAAGCGUAGCUUGUAGCGUCCGCUGUCUGUAGUUUUCCAUCACAGUCCCUAAGGCAUGUUACGUUUUAUAUGAAUUAACUGAGUGUAAAGGCACUGUCGUACUUCUGUUAGAUUAAAUAUUUAAACACUAAUGGCCGAGGAGAGGAACCCGUUUAUUGUUUUUGUUCAGACGUUGUGUUCUUUAGCUGAUCUGGUAAAUGAAGGAUAUCGUUUUGGACGUCCUGGAGUUGCACAUUGAACCGUUGAAGACCAUGAGCCCAAUGUACUUAUCACUCCUCAUGCUCCCUGUAGACGUUUAUUCCUGGUGGAGUUGAACUGUUAAUGGAGUAAGGGUUAACCCAACCCUAACCCCUAAGGUUAACACCCACCCUUAGCGAAGCCCAACCGUAAACCCUUAAAGAUCCCAUGGCAUGCUACUUUAUGGAUGCUUUAAUUUAGAUAUAAGUAGGCCCCAAACACAGUAUUUCAGGCAGCAUGUCGCAGUUCAUGUACUUCAGGGAGUCAUAGCCAAAGUUCCUUUCCCCCAAUUCCUUCUCAACAAUGGCUGAGACCCCAACUACAGUCUUGUUGUGGAAAUACAAGAGACGUCAAAGAACCGACGUGUUAUGUACCAUAACACCAACAGCAAGCACUUGCGCUAGAGUGUGUGUUAUCACACUCACACACACAUCUGGCGCUCGCACGGUCGUGUCUCAUUGGCGGGCCAAAUUCUCUGGGCGGGCAAGGCAGAGAAAGGGGAGGAACUUAGAUCCUUUAUGACGACAUAAGAGAACACGUUCCAAAUCAGCGCGCUUGAGCGCUGAUUUGGAACGUACACCUAGUGCUUGUUUUACACCGAACACAAGUUUUAGCCACUGGGGGACAAAAGGCAGGCUAGGGGAACCAUUACCCUAAACCUAACCCUAAGGUUUAAACCUAACCCUAACCUUUUUGGUUUACCCUCACCCUAAGCCUAUCAUGCACCCAAACACGGUGGCGUUUGGGUUUCCCACUCCCCUCGAACUCCCACAACAAAUUCAGCGCAGCGAUGGUGGUGAUCUCAGCCAUGUUUGUGGAGCAAAAGAAAAGUAGCAGGGGGAAAUAAGGUUUGGGCGGGCUCAUCUAGCUCCGUAGGCGCGUUAGGCGCGUUGAACUAUUUUUGUGACGCACAAUGAUCAAGCGUCAGGUUAGGAGCGUUACACGCGUGUCUGACAUAUAGGGGACUAGUCUCUGUAGACGCAUACUGCAGCCAAUCAAAUCGCUUCCCGCUACAAAGCCGAUGUGUGGAUAUAAAUACAAAAGAUGACACCAACAACAGGUGACUAAAAAACAAUCCUAUCAUUCCAUAUUUCUGUAAAAUAAUAUAAUGGCCGGAUUUCUUCUGCUUCUUCCUGCUUGUUAUUGCAAAAUGGAUCCAGCAAACGCGUGGAGUGCAUUUGCAUAACCGCGAUCCGAUUGGCCGACGGAUCCACCGCUGCCUGAAAAGUUGACCUAUCUCAACUCUUUUACACAGGCCACGGAGCCGAAUGGACGGACGGACCCACAAUGCAUUUCGCGAGCGCCCCAGGCAAAGUCAAUGAGAUCCGUCGACGGACGGACGUAGUGUGAACAAGCCCUUAAAGGUACGGCAACACUGAACGGGUUACGUGCGUUAGAGGCGUAGAAAAUUGGCAUUUUUUUGCAUAGGGAACCAUUGGUUCACACGCUAAAGCAGCGCUAGAUGCGUUUUACGCAUCUCAUGCCCAACGCACCUACGCGUCUAACGCACCUACGCACGGAAUUCAAAAUUGUUUACGCUCCUACGUGUGACACUUAGCCGCGAUUGCCAAUUAGCGCUCUGCAGCUGAUAUGGAGCGCCUGUAGUUGGUGUGACGGGAGAUCCUGGCACCAACCCGGGCUAGCAGGUCAUCAAACAUUGCCCCAGUCAACCGAAAAUACCGGUUGUGGCCGUACCUUUAGGGUUCACUCUAACCCAAACUCUAACCCAAACUCUUACCCUAAACUCAAGCCUUACCGUUAGGGCGCACUCACACUAGGCCAUCUGUACCGUGCCCAAGUCCGUUUCACACCCAUAUCGUGCUCAAGUACGAUUGCCCCUGUCAAACCAAAAUUGUACCGAGAGCGAAAAUUGUGCCGCCUACGUAAUCCACGUCGAAACAUUGCGUCAACGCGAUUGUCCGUUGCCAGGCAGGUUUCAAAAAAUGUUCACGCUCAUCAAGGGUAGUGGUGUUGCUGAAAAGAAAGUGAAAUCCGCGAGUUGCUGAUCAUGUGAGAGCAGGUGAUGCAGUCGUAUUAAACAAAGACGUUGAAAGAUGGUGCGAUCUACGAGAGAGUCGCAGAGGAACUGUCCUGACGAUGCUUAAUUUUGUCGGGAUAAAAAACAAGUGGUUAGCAAAAUAAAGAAUAUGUUGGUGUUUUUGCACUUGUAAAUAGUUAGUCGUGUUUGUAGCCUACACUCAGACGUGAACUUAUGCAGGUGUCUUCAUUGAUAUGAAAAAUAAAAACAUUCGGGAGUGUGCAAAUUAUUCUAGGUAUAGACUGCGAGCAGCCCCGCCUUCUCCAGUGAACCAAGAAAGCCCGCGCCGGGGCGAACGCGGUAUUUUUGAUCAAAAACUCAACUUCACUAUCGCACCAACAUGAACUGCUUGCCGUCAUGUUUAUUGUUUAAAGGGAAAGAAGGGUCGCAUGGACUAUACGUCAUCCAGCUCAGGUUGCGUAGCCGUGCGUGUGCGCGUGUCGGCUCAUUAGCAUCUGUACCGUGGCCUGAGUACAACUCUCCGAAGUGUGCUCAGGCCACAGAUUUGAACUGUACUUGAGUACUUUGAACUGGCCUAGUGUGAGUGCGCCCUUAGGGUUUAACUCUAACCAUAACCAUAACCAUAACUCUAACUCUAACCCUAAGUCUACGGUCAGAGGCGUUGUGAUCAACAUGUCAUUGACACUGAAUACCUGUUUUAAGUUGAAGAGCUUCAGGAUGUAUUUCUAUUUUAAGGGGGAAUCAAGAACACUGUUAAUAUAUCUCCAUUCUCCUCAUUCGGAUGAUAACUCUAAAUAUGUAAAAAAAUACAUACAUUGUACUCAUUUUGCACUUUUAUUUAGAAAUUUGGGAUUUGUAACACAUCAUUAUUUGUUGAGGUCGAUCGAGAAUAAAGAUGGAUUUGUCUCUUAACAGUUUUCUCCUUAAUUGCUCCCUUAAUCGUUCGUUAAUACCGCGUUCAGAGCUCUGCUCACGGCCAUAAACGCUAAUUGGGAGGUAUUAAUUGGUUGCAUUCUGCAGCCCGAACGCUAGGGGCCGCUAACACAAUGCGCAUUUUACAAACCCUAUUCAAGAGUAGUUAUAUUGUUCGUCGAAAUUAAAGCUAUAUAACAUUGAUCUUGCAGCUGACACCAUAAUAUAGUCCGGCAAAGUCCGUCGAUCGCGCAAGAUCAAUGUGCUGAGUGAGACCACCAUCCAGCUGCCCAAAUUCGAUGCAGCAACAGUGACACAAUGGUGAGUAAAUGAGCAUGCUUAAGGUACAUGCUUUGCGUGAUAUUUUAUGCAGAGCAUGUUUAAUGCAUUGUUUCCAGUUUUCAUAACGAGAUGGCUGGCUCAGCAAAUGGAAUGUGAAUCUAAAUGAAGUGGCCGUUUUAUAAAAUCAAUAAUACACGAGAGGAUGUGGAUCAAUUGCUAUGUGAUCACAGCUGUGUCAUGCUGCUGUAUCAUAGGCGUGAUCAAAUGCCAAUCGGUCAAACCCUCUCUGAAUUUUAAUAAACAAAUCAGCAGUGUGGUCAGAAGUGGUUUUUAUCAACUUAGAGUAAUAUCAAAUCUUGAAUCCCUUUUAUCCCGGAGUGAUCUUGAAAUUCUCAUGCAUGCUUUUAUCAGCUCUAGACUUGAUUACUGCAAUAUUUUAUAUACAGGUCUUACUCAAUCUAACAUCCACAAAUUACAGAUGGUCCAGAAUGCAGCAGCCAGAAUGCUCACUGGCACUAAAAAGAGAGAGCACAUCACACCAGUCCUGGCUCAGCUGCACUGGCUCCCAGUGCAGCUGGGAGCCCAGUUCAAAUUUAGAAUUGAUUUUAAGAUUUUACUCUUUGUUUUUAAAGCUCUUAAUGGCUCAGCCCCCCCUUAUAUUGGUGAAAUGCUUUCCCCACAUUCCACCUCAAGGUCGACCCGAUCAUCCACAAAACAGCUCCUAUCUGUCCCCCGUACACGUCUUAAAACGAAAGGUGACAGGGCAUUCUCUGUUGCUGGCCCAAACCUUUGGAAUCCCCUUCCACCCCACAUCAAGUCCUCUACCACCCUUGCCAGUUUUAAGUCUAAUUUAAAGACAUACCUUUUCACUCUUGCUUUAACACCCUUAACCCUGUUCUUACUAUUUAUAUUGCUCUCUUUCUACUUAUUUUAUGCAUUUCUUUUUUAGUCAAGACCUGUGUAUCCCUGGCCCCUUUCAACAACUGUCCUGCCCAACCCUGGUUUCUGCAAUUGUAAAGCGCUUUGGGUGAAAGCCCUGUUGUUUUUAAAUGUGCUACAUAAAUAAAAGUGACUUGACUUGA